GAGUUCAAAUCCAACUGACAUGAUGGUAACUUGUACGGUGAAGUGUGCUGUGUAAAAAGAGUGUUAGAUAGGAAGUUAUUCAUUUUGUAAAUUUGUAUACAAGGGACUCGAAAAGUACAGGGGCAGUUCGAAAAAUUUAGUUUGUGUUAUUAAAGAAACAGUUUUAGUAAAAGUUGAUAAUGUUGAACCCAUGUGUCAAGCCUGAACCUCCAGAAGACCCUGUUGGUGAUGGUAGAUGGAUGUCUAUGCAUAACAGAUACCUUCAAGAAGCAAAAACAAGUGAAUCUGAGGUACUCUUCAUAGGAGAUUCAAUUAUUCAACAGUUACAAUUCACUUCUUUGUGGUCCGAAAAAAUAAGCUCUUUACAUUGUUUAAAUUUUGGAAUUGGUGGUGACAGAGUCGAAAAUGUCCUUUGGAGAGUUCGACAUGGUGAACUGGAAUUUAAUUCAAAAAUUAAAGCCGUCGUCCUAUUCGUCGGUACGAAUAAUAUCGACUGCACUCCCCAUGAAAUCUACGAAGGGAUUUUGGAGAUCAUUAGGGAAAUUAAGAGACAACUAGGCAACGUUUCCAUAAUUUUACCUACCCUGUUACCCCGUGGUCAUCACCCCAACCCAUACCGAGAACGUAACGAUCACGUCAAUACCUUCCUCCUAGAUAAAUUCUGCAACGAAGCCAAUGCUGAUGAAGUAACCGAAAACUGCCACGUCGUCGUCAUCGACGAAAACAUCGUUGGCAACGACCAAACGAUAUCUCAUCACAUCAUGCACGACUAUCUUCAUUUAACCAACAGCGGAUAUACGAAAGUGUUCGCCAGAGUCUAUGAAAAGUUGUGUGAGCUGCUCAACGUACCACCAAAGAAGUAAAGCAGCAGAAAAUGUGAAAUUUGUUUGUAUCUCUUAAAUAUAUCUCUAUACUUUAUAACUUUGUACCAAAUAUUUUUUGACUGGUAGAUUUCUAAUAAUAAAUGUAUCAUAAUU